GCUUUUCUCCCUCCUGAAAGCCAAUUGGCGAAUUUGCUAGUCGCUGGCAUUUGUAAUUGGCUGAAAUUCUGACGGUACUCUAGGGGCGGAUCAUUGUGUAUUAUACGAGAUUGUGAUUGGCUUCUAGACAGAUCGGGAACACGAUUGCACCGAAUAAUACGUCUGAGUGUAGCGCAAUGGUGAAACCCGGGCGCCGCUCGGCAUGGAAAUGUCACACCGACAUCGACUUGUGAUGUUUUAAAAACAACGCCUAAAGGAGAUGUUUACAUGCAUUUACCGCAUGUUUCCCUGAAAACGUUUUAGCUGUGAUGAUUUGCAAUAAAAAUUGAGCGAAAAGAAAAAGUUGAAGCCUCAGGAUCAGAAAGAAGACUCGGAAGGUGCAUCGAUUCAACAAUGAAGCCGGGUCACCACAACCUCAACACUUGAGCUCAUCUCCAUACAAGAGAGAGAGCAACAGCAUGACAAGCUUUGGAGCUGAGGCUGAGAUGGAGCAAUAUUCAGAGAAUCAUGUCGAACUGGCGUCAUCCUGUGAGACCCCACAGUUAGAAUAUAGCAACUCAACAAAGGACCAUUCCCAUGACCAGAAGUUGAUGGAAAGGGAAUCUCCGGACAGCCCUUCUCCAGUCAAAAGAUGGGAGAUCGGUCAACUUCUGCAGUCAUUCAAAUCCAAGAUGGCCAGUUUCACAGAGAUCGUCAUGAGCCCCGUCCGGCUCUUUAAGCCCACCGACACACUGUCCUCCAUCGUACAUCCUGAACAGCUCGUUGAGUCUAAUGAGGAAAGUUCAACCUGGACUGAAGAAGGAGAGACAACAGAUGAGGAAUGUAAAAAUGGGUUGCUUUCCAAAAGGUUGUCUGCAGAAAGAGUGCAAUGUAACUCUUCUCCAAAACGCCACAGAGUUGCACAGAGGCUGCAUUUUGAAACAGUUUCAACUAGCAACCACAAACCAGUAUUGGAAUGUAAUGAAGUUUGUGAUGAUGUGAGGGUUGCCCACAAAGAAAAGAAUCGAACAGACUGUCCCUCAAGCCAACUGCGAACUGUUCUUCACAAUGGAAACUAUCCCCGUCCUACAACACAAAGCACUUUUCUCAAUUCUGAUUCAAUUCCGUCCCAAAAAAAAAAAUCAAAUUCUACUCAUGACUUACAUAGGUCAAGUCAUGCCAAUAGUGAAACAGCCUUUGGAGAUAUUAGUGAGUCAGAUGCUGUAUAUUCAGACAGUACUGCUAAAAAUUCCAGAGAUAAGCUUAAUUCUUCUAAUACUUCAUCUGAUUUUUUCUUGAAAGAUAAAGAUAGAAGCCGCAUUAAGGAAUCCAGUACACUGGCGAUAAGGAAAAGCCCUAGAAAGGUGUUUAAACAUACAUCAGAAAUGGCUGCUGAUUUGGCAUCUUCUGCUUCAGGGCCAAAGUCUCUAGAUGAUAGAAUGAAUGAUUUACACUCCAUAAAUGUUACAGAAGAGAUGCAUCGCUCCACUGAAGUAUCAGAACCUCCAAAUAGCACUUCUGUUGGGCAUGUGAGGUCAAAGAGAUGCAGAGAAGCACUUAGAACUGAGACACAGAAACACAUGGUGACGAAGCGGAAACGUCAAGGGCGGAAAGGCGAAGAUAGAGGCAUGAGACGGGCAAAGAAUAAAAAUGACAACAGCAUCACUUUUGAAGAGAAUCAGGAGGAUAUCAUUUGUGUUCAGAUGAGGAAAAAGAUUUCCACAGCACAAAAGUUCAAUACAAGCAAUAUCGCAGAUGUUGAGAUAAGAAAUUCUGACACCUCGGAGUCUUGUGACUCAACAGAAAUGGGGCUGAAAAGGACUGUAAAAACUAAUUUGAAAAAAACUAUCAAAUGUAAGUCAUUAAUGGCCUCUAGCAAUGAAGGUGAAUGUGAUGUGGCCUCUCAAAAUGCCACAGGAAAUGUUGACAAGAGCCUGCACUGCAGAAACAUGAACACCAUGAAUGAUUGUAACUACGAAUCCAGGCCUCAAGAACCAUCAGAAUUCCAGAUACAUGAGGGUGAGAAGACCAAAGCUCGAAAAACAAGACAUGUUUUUAAAACCGCAGGUGAGGUGUCUUUUCAGAAGAGGAGUCUUCGUCCACCCAAACAUAAAUUUGAGGACUAUAGUUCAACUUCAGCAGUUGAUCCAGCGGGACCUAGUGGACCUUCAAAAAGAACACUAUUUCAGAGCGAUCGGCCCUGUGGUGAAUCACAAAGGACUAUCAUCGCAGGUGAGGAGCAGAUGACAUCACUUUGCGGUCAUGAAGCAAGAGAGAACAAAAAGAAACUUACAUCACCACCAUUGCAUCCUGAAUCCACAGUUUCACUGCAGUCUGAAAGAAAACCAAACAGACCUACAAAGACUGUAAACAGACCCAAAAGAAAACAAAGGGAAAACGUAAUCGGAGCCAAGGACGAGGCAAACAUCCAAGAAAAGAUGCUAGAAGCCAUUUCUGUAGAGUCGUUGUCAGGUAGCGGCUUCAAUCGCCUCAUGCGAAGCUACUCCUGUCCUGAGCUCCCCUCCCUUGUAUUUAAUGGAUGUGAUGUACCCCCGUCCCAAAUGCAUGAAAACGGUUCUACCUCAUCCACCAAUAUAAUCACAGCAGUUCCAUCAGCAACCCAUCAGCACUCUCCGUCCAAGCGUACUCGCCGGCACACCGUCUGUAGUGUGGAGAUCGAGCGAGAGAUUGCCCCCCUGUGUCUCCGUAAAGAGGUGUACCCUGCUAGUAGGGGUGCCCCCUCCUCUCCUUAUUAUCCCUCCAACUCUUUCGCAGCUCUUGCCUCUUGUUUUCUGUCCAGUCCUUUAGCAUUUCUAUCCGAAAGCUCAAGCCACAGACGAGGUAGCGCAAAUUCUGAUGCCUCCUGCAUUACCUCUGGUUAUGUCACAACCUCAUCACCAUCCUUGUGCAGUUCCCCCUUUGCAUCCACUCUCACAUCCUCUGAUCCUGUAACUGAUCCUUUCACUGUUGUCACUCCCAGUCCCGAGAUACCUUCUGCCUCUUUGUCAUCACUUUGCAGUUCAUCACUAAGUGCUUUGGAGGGAGACCAUGAGAUACUGCAAAUGGAGUGUCGGGGGGCAAUGGAUGAAGAAGAGAGAUCAAGCUUUAGUCUUGCCAUCUCAGAGGAAAAAGCAUUUUCAGACUCUGAAAUCAAGACGGACAACAAGGAAGGUCAGGAAAUGCGAGGAAAGGUGUCUUCAAUUCGUAUAUGUAAAAAGAUUCCAAAACCUCAGAAUAAUCUCACUCCGAUGGGCCUUCCUAAAGUCAUCAGGAUAAAGAAGAAGGAUUUUAGCGUGGAGGAAAUCUAUACCAACAAAAACUUUAGCAAACCUCCUGAUGGACGUUUGGAAACCAUAUUUGAGGUGCCUCUAAACCGUCGAGAUGGCUUACAGGUUGUUGUAGGCCCAAAAAAGGUAAAGCGCUUUGUUGAAUUCCCUGAUCUGGGCGUGGUCCGGAAGCCCAAGAAGCCUCUGGUCGGUGGAACAGCAGCCCAAAGGAAAGCAGGAGUGAACACUGGCAUCUGUAGAACUAGACGAGGUGUAGAGGCCUCUUCAAAAGUAGAGGAUGGGCUUACCCUGCAGGAGCUGGAUUCACUUCUUUGCUCCAAGCUUCAGGAACUAGACACCUGGGCGGCUCUCCAGCAGAUUGCAUGCUGAGGCAGGGAUCGUGGCUGUUCUGUACCAAACUAUGUGCUCUUCGUGUAUAUGUUGAAUGGGAACUUGUAAUUUACUGUAAAUUCCUCAAUGUAUCAUUUAAAUAUAAUGGCUGAAUUUCAUUGCAAGUUGUUUUUCUUUUUUUGUACAGAUGAUAUUCCUUUAUGAAACUGUACAGUCGUCACCGUUACUGAUUGGUGUCUUUUUUUAUAACCUUUCAAAGGAUUCGCUCUUGUUUACAUAAUAAAAUGAGCAAUACUGCUAAUAUGUUACCACAUCUCAGUAUCCAAAAUAAGUUGAUAAAUCACCAUACCUUGAAUCCUCAGUGUAUUCACAAUGACAUUUAAACUCUUCUAAGGUUGACAUGAAAACACUCAGGAUACACUGUGCGUGUUUGAAUUUGUUUCUCUUUAUAAAAGAGUCAUAGCACAAAGGCCUUUACAACAGUUGUAGCGGCAAAAUACUGCGGUGAGCAUUAUUCAGAUUGAAUUGUGAUGUUCAUUUAAUGACAUAAAGGAUUUAAGGUUUCAAUGGGAUCUGUGGUAUUACUCAGGUACUGUAAAUAAAUAUCAAUCGUUUGAUUUUUCUUCUUUUUUGGUCUCCCUUGAUGUAAUGGUUAAUGAUGUUGCUCGUAGUGUUUGGUCAAAGAAGAAAAAUUGGAUUGUGUGUAAAGUAGUUUCAUAAAGAUGUUUGGGUUCACAAAUCUGUUUUGUAUUGUACCGUUUUGUAAAUUUGUUUAUAAAAAUCACGAUGGAAUAGGUGCAUUUUGACUAAUAUACAUUUUUAUUACAAGCCCUGGAAGAAAUGAAAUAUAAAACAUUUAAAAAAGCACAAUAUAUUAAAACAUACAAAAUAUUUACAAGUAGAAAAUAAUGUAACCAGUUUCAUAUCCCAACAUGUAAUAGAUGUUUUUCAAAAGUUUGGUGCUCUCUGUGAGUGUCUCAAUGUUUUGUUGCAAUAUUGGAUUAAGAACAAAAAUAAAAACAGUUCACUGAAGGUUCAUUAUAAUACUUUAACAGAG